ACCCAGUGGAAGGCUUCAUACCCCAGGCAGGAGAGGGCAGGCAGCCCCAGGACCAGCGCAACACUCCCGCUCUGUGCGUACAAAAAGGUGAUCACAGGUUAGAGCCCGGGGAGCUCUGUGCCGCCCGCUUAUGAAGUCGAUGGGAAACAAGCCCCACUCGUUAAAGUUCCGCGGUAAAACUAUCCAGGCUGUUGCGCGGUCCGGUGUCAGUGGAACAUGUCAGUCGGGCAGUCUGAAGUCAGCAGAGACCCAAUAGCUGCGGGUGUGGCCCAGAAGGAAGAGAGCGGGCCGCUGGGAGACUGAGGCCGGAGGAGGAGGACGGAUCUCUGGGCGGCUCCGCUCCCGCUGCUCAGCUGUUGCUGUCAUACAAACGUGUCCGGAGCCACUGCAGGCUCUUCGGGAUUCGACCUGUCAACAAGUAAACAGCUGCCAUGGCCUCAGGGGGAGCCUCAGCCCCAGGAGUCACCCAAUGGGCCACUAAGGUGGAGCUGACCAUCUCCUGUGACAACCUCCUGGACAUGGAUGUCUUCUCCAAGUCUGAUCCUCUGUGCGCCUUGUAUAUCAACACUUCAGGCUCCCACUGGUAUGAGUUUGGACGCACCGAGAUGAUCCUGAACUGCCUGAAUCCAAAGUUUGCCAAGAAGUUUGUCGUCGACUACUAUUUCGAGAUGGUGCAGAAGCUGAAGUUUUGCGUGUAUGACAUCGACAACAAUACCUAUGACCUGAGUGAUGAUGAUUUUCUGGGGGAGCUUGAAUGCACCCUGGGUCAGAUUGUUUCCAGCAAGCAGCUGACUCGGUCUCUGUUGUUGACAGACAAGAGGCCUGCAGGUCGGGGGACCAUAACAAUCUGUGCUGAAGAAAUAACAGACACAAGAGUGGCUGAAUUUGAGGUGUCUGGCCGCAGGAUGGACAAAAAGUAUUUGUGGUGGUCCGACCCUUUCCUGGAGUUGUACAAGCAGACGGAGACCGGCUGGCAGCUGGCUCACAGGACAGAGGUUGUGCACAACAAUCUAAACCCAAUAUGGAGACCCUUCCGCAUCUCUAUGCGAUCUCUCUGCGGAGGAGAUGUGGAGAAGCCCAUUAAGGUGGACUGUUACGACCAUCGCGUCAGUGGCUCCCAUGAUCUCAUUGGAAGCUUUCAAACCACACUGGCAGAGUUGCAAGUGGGAACACACAUUUCCCCGGCUGAAUUCGAGUGCAUAAACCCGAAAAAGUUAAAGAAGAAAAACUAUAAAAACUCUGGGGUCAUUUGCGUCAAGCGCUGCCAGUUGGUGAAGGACUACACCUUCCUGGAUUAUAUCAUGGGCGGUUGUCAGAUCAACUUCACUAUCGCCAUUGACUUCACAGGCUCUAACGGGGAUCCAAGCUCUCCACGCUCCCUCCACUACGUCAACCCUGAUGGCUACAACGAAUACCUGGCAGCCAUCUGGGCAGUGGGUAAUGUCAUCCAGGACUAUGACAGUAACAAAAUGUUUCCUGUCUUUGGUUUUGGAGCCAAGAUCCCUCCCUCCUGGCAGGUUUCCCACGAGUUUCCCAUCAAUUUUAAUCCAGCAAAUCCAUUCUGUGCAGGCAUAGAGGGAGUGGUGCAGGCCUACCAGCAGUGUCUACCCCAGCUGAAGCUCUGGGGUCCCACCAACUUUUCUCCGGUUAUUGACCACGUCACCUGCUUCGCCAAACAAGCUCUCCGGCAGAACACGGCCUCGCAAUACUUCGUGCUGCUCAUCAUCACAGAUGGAGUGAUCACAGACAUGGAUCAGACAUGUGCUGCGAUAGUAGAGGCCUCCCGUCUGCCCAUGUCCAUCAUCAUAGUGGGCGUGGGCGAUGCUGACUUCAGCGCAAUGGAGUUCCUCGACAGCGACGACAAGCUGCUGCGUUCGCCGACCGGUGACACCGCUGCGAGAGACAUCGUCCAGUUUGUGCCCUUCAGGGAUUUCCAAGGAAACAGCGUGGCCCUCGCCCAGAGCGUCCUGGCAGAGCUGCCCGAUCAAGUGUCCUCCUUCUUCAAUUCUUACAAGCUGAAGCCCCCAAAUAUAUCCAGUGUUUCUGAGCCGUCUUAGAAAGGUGGGAUAAUUAUCCCAAAUACCUCAUAUCUACCACAUGCCUGCAUCUUGUGCACCCUCUUAACUAAGUUGCCUGUAUGAAUGGUGCAAAGCAACACCAUGAAUUGAUAUUUUACAGCUUGUGCUGUCGCGUGUAGAGGAAGACAAUUAUGGUCAAAUCAAAGAUUGUAUAUAUAUUAUGUUUUGAAAUUUGUUUUGAAUUGUUGAAGAUGAAUUCCUGUGACAUGAUGCCUUGUAAUGCAUGAAAUCACCAAGCAAUCGUAAUAAAAGUAAUCACACUUUGCACUACGAGCGUUUCACUGUGACAUGCUCCGAUGGAUCUGUUGAUUAAAUCGUUGUUUAAAUGUUUUCCAGUCCUCUCCAUGUAUGAGCUUGUUUCACUGUUACUGUUACUGUUACUUUGCAGACUCUCUAGUCUCUCACUGCUCUAACGUCUUUGAUUUGUGUGCGAAAGCUGUGUGGUCUUUCAGUGUGUGUCCAGGCAGUGAGCCUCUAGGAAAGUCUUGUGUCAGCAACCGCACCAUCGAUCUAAACUGACACAGUUCCUUUCUACAGGCGCACUGGGAGUCAUCACGUCUGUUCUCCAGCCAUUAAGUAAAUGUGAUUUAAUAAAUGUUUGAAUGAUCAAGGAGAACCGUGUUAGCAAGACAAGCAAGGCUGAGUGUCCACAGGUGUAGCGUCAGUAUAUGCUGCUUCUUAUUUAACACUUGGAAAUAUCUAAAUAAAUAAAAGGUAAAAUAACCUAAAUAAAUAAUUGUUAAAAUACAUAAAUGAAUAUAUAUAUAAAUACAUUUAAAAUUUGUAAAUACAUGUUAACAUAUAUAGACAAGUAAAUGUUCAAAUACACGAAUUAAUAGAUUUUAUAUAUAUAGAGGAUUAUAUAAGUAUAUGUAAAAAUACAUAAAAAAUAUAAAUGGAUCAAUGGAUUCUAUAAAUACAUGUACAAAUAUCACAAUUUAAAAGUACAUCAAUGACAUUUACAACAAUACACAAAUAAAUAGAAACAUAAAUAUUGCAUAAUUUUGGAUGUAUUCACUUGUUUAUUUCUGCAUUUAUUAUUUUUUUGGGAAUGUGCACAGGCGGUAAUGCAAAGUAUGAUUCCAGUUACAACUGCUGUAAUAUGGACAAUAUGUGAUGAGAUAAAUAAGAGAAGAGAAGAGACCAUAAAGACAAUUCUUCCUCUGA